AUGCAUUCCCUUACCACAUCAUUUAUAUCUCUAUCCCUCCUCUCAGGAGCUGUUCAAGCCCAAACCGUUGCCCGAGUCUGGACACAUUUCUACCCCAACUGCCCGGGCGACGCCUUCUCCAAGCUGGACACAUACGAGAACUACGAAGAAACAGCCCCCGCAAAGGACAUCACAGUCGGCAGCUGCGAGAGCAUCCCCGUCCCCUCCUACGAGCACAGCAUUGUCAGCGCCAUUUCCAUUGACGGCGAGCUCCUCUCCCACAAUCACGACCUCCCCUUCCUAGAAGGUGGCAGCGGCUGCAACAUCACCGUGCACGAAGUCCCAGAAUGCAUCGACCCACCCCUGAUCACCAAGGAGAUCCGCGAUGGUGUCGCCGUCACACAAUGCGAAGAACGCGGGUUCGCUGCAUACAGCCAAGUAUGGGUGAAUCUAGUGUGCGACAAGGACAUCAAUGGCAUCGCCGAUGGCACCGUGGAUGCUAAGGCCAAGACAGAGGAGAAGAAGGCUGACACCGAGCAAAUGGAUGGGCCUGAUCAACCUGUGCGCGCUGAGAAGCAGACCUCCGUUGAGGAUAUCAAUAAUAUCCAGACUCCGGGGUCGAACUCGGAUUCGUGGCAUUUGUCGCAGAUUACGCAUAACCAGCGUGAGCCUGAGCAGGAGAGUCGUGUUAAUGAUGCUGGGCAUGCUGAGAGCCAGAAGAUCGUGCAUAAGAUGAUGGAGUUGUUGAAGAAUAAGGCGUCUGUGUUUGUUGAUGGCAAGCAUAAUGGCACUCAGGGCGUGAAUGCUACCAUGCACCAAAAUGGUACUGUUGCGGGCAACCGUACUGUUCUCUCUCAUCGUCGUCUUUCUGUCUUGCGGAACCGCAUGGCUCGGUUUGUUUGA